AUGGCGAAGACAUCAUUGCUCUUCCUCCUGAGCUCGCUCCUCUCAGGGGCUGUUCAGGGUAAAGAACUUUACAAGACAUACAUCGUCCAGAUGCGGGACACCCAAGCUACUGGUCUCCUCCGCAGAUCUCUCAUCGACGCCUCCCUGGAAUCCGUUUCUGCCGACCCCGCCAAUGUGUUGUACACUUACACGAACACAAUCAACGGAUACGCUGCUAAGUUCACCGACGAGCAGGCCAAUGCAAUGAGAAAUCAGGCCAAUGUUCUGUCAGUCACUAUUGAUAAGGUGAACCACCUCCACACUAGCAGGUCGCCGGCCUUUCUUGGAUUAGAGGACGCAGCACUUCUUGGCACCGGAUACGGUACCGAACAGGGUACCUAUCUCGAUGAGACAGAUGGCUUCAACAGCUCCAACCCUGAGUCAAACCUCGUCAUUGGAGUCUUCGAUACUGGGGUCUGGCCGGAGAGACCAAGUUACAAAGAUGAUGGAAUGGCUCCCAUCCCGUCCCAUUGGAAGGGCGAAUGUGAUGAAAGCGCAGAUUUUCCGGCCAGCAGCUGCAACAAAAAGCUCGUCGGUGCCAGGGUCUUCUAUAAAGGCUACGUCGCUGCAGUAACCAACGGCACCGGGUCAUUUAAUUGGACGGGACUGUACCAAUCCCCUAGAGACGACGAUGGUCACGGCUCGCAUACUUCUUCCACUGCAGCUGGUGCCAUAGUGCCCAACGCCAGUAUUUUCGGACAGGCGUCUGGUACUGCCCGUGGCAUGGCCCCAGGCUCUCGUAUUGCCAUGUACAAGGUGUGCUGGCCGCAGGGUUGCUUGAACUCAGACAUCCUCGCUGCCAUGGACAAGGCUAUCGAAGACGGUGUCAACGUCAUGUCUCUCUCUCUUGGAUCUGAUGAGCCUUUCUUCGAUGAGACUGACGCUAUCAAUGUUGGUUCCUAUGCUGCGAUGCAGAAAGGAAUCUUUGUUUCAGUGUCUGCUGGCAAUGGCGGACCUGGAGCUGGGACGGUUACUGCGCUUGCACCUUGGAUCCUCAGUGUCGGGGCGAGUACUAUCGACCGCGACUUCCCUGCUACCGUUACUCUUGGAAACGGCAAGAACUACACCGGCUACUCCCUCUACAGCAAUGGUUCUGUCCCUGAUAUCAAACCGCUUGAAGCCGGUGAGGUGCUUCCUCUUAUCCACGCCAGCCAGGCCGGCAAGGGCAAUACCACCAGUGCGUCGCUCUGUCUGAUGGAUAGCCUUGACCCAGCUAGGGUUUCCGGGAAGAUCGUUGUCUGUGUCAGAGGACAGAACGGUAGAGUCGAGAAGGGAGGAGUUGUCAAAGCCGCUGGCGGACGCGGUAUGGUGCUCGUCAACGCUCCCGAAAACGGUGCUGAGUUGAUUGCCGAUGCGCAUGUUCUCCCGGCUUUACAGCUCACUGCCACGGAUGGAGCCGAAGUGCAGACUUAUGCAAAGACCGGCAACGGAACGGCGAUUUUGGAUUUCCAGGGCACUCGACUUGGGGUUUCCGCUCCACUUAUGGCCGCCUUCAGUUCACGUGGUCCGAACCUCCCAGUGCCCCAGCUCCUCAAGCCAGACAUCACUGGCCCAGGUGUUUCUAUCCUGGCAGCUUGGGCAGACAAGGGCCCUACGGGUCUCGACGCCGAUACUCGAAAAGUUGAUUUUAAUGUCAUCUCCGGUACAUCAAUGUCUUGCCCACACUUGAGCGGAGUCGCGCUUUUCAUCAAGGCUAGACGUCCGCUGUGGAGUCCUGCUGCCAUCCGCUCGGCCAUCAUGACCACGGCUUACACUACCACGAAGGGUACUCAAUCGCCACUGCUGGAUUCGUCGAACUCUCAACCCGCCACGCCUUUCGAUUACGGCAAUGGUCACGUGGAGCCAGUCGCUGCCUUGGAUCCUGGCCUCAUCUACGACAUCUCCCCCAGCGACUACCUCGGCUUCCUGUGUGCCGUUAACACUACGUCGGCUUUCAUCGCCGGAAUCACAAGAAGCAACUAUACUUGCAACUCCAACCAAACCUACAGCACUUAUAACCUAAACUACCCUUCUUUUUCCGUUUUGUACGAUAAUCCUCUGAAUGGGACCUACACGACGACGCUCAAGCGCACUGUGACCAACGUUGGCGAUCCCGGCAAAUACAAAGUCCACGUUUCGCUCAAUGAUCCUAGCUUGGUCAAGGUCUCCGUGAAGCCUGAGACGCUUUCCUUUGUCGCGCAGGGUGAGAAACUGAGCUACGAGGUUACCGUGACGAUGAGCUCACCGCCCAGCUGGAACGCCACGUCUUGGGGAAGGCUUGUGUGGUCUGAUAAGACUCAUGUGGUAGGCAGCGCCCUGUCUUUUGUAUGGGGGGUUGACUACUGA